AUUCGCGAAAGUCUUGGAAAAUAUCUUUCUUUUGUGGUGUAAGGUCUUGGUCAUUGCAUGUAUGCUCUUCCACCCGUAGUAACUGUACUGCAUUUAUAUUUCUAUCUGCCUGAGAGCAAGGUUCAAAACAAUAGUGAAGUUUUUCUUACCAGAGGAUUGGUAACACCUCUUCGAGUUAAUUAAUCUGUUUACAUGCAGCUAACGUGGAAACUCAAAAGGAAAGCUUUUUAAAAUAAUCUUUGAUAUGAAUACUUUUUUGCAAUGUUAUGUCUGUAAUUAAGGAAAAUGCAAAAUACUGCAUGGUUUUCUGUGGAUAUGUUUUCCUUCAGAUUUUUGAAGAGGCAACGGUCUAUUAUUCUACUGUGUCCAAGCAUUUGUUAGAUACGAGAUUUUAUGAUUCUGAACCACAGUGUCUUCCUAUGAAUUUCUCCUCUCAAAAGCUUUCUCCUACUUGCAAACCUUUUCUUGCCUUCAAAUCACAAACUGUGAUAGCUGAUGAGGAAAUAUAUAAUGAAAUUCUCAAAACCACACUCACUGUCAGGAUACACACACAUCAGGAAGAUCACACAGUAAUGACAUGACCUAACUUAGAGCCACAUUUCAGUAACUUCUAUGCUAAAGUCUAACCAGAAUAUGGAAUUCUUAAGUGUUAUGACCUAAAGUUGACAGGUAGAGUUAAAGAAAAACAAAGUCAAACUUAAUAAUUUUUUCCAUACAUAAGUUUUCUCAAACUUUACAGAAAUUUAUUGUGAACAGAGAUCAUUGUUUAUUAUUACAUUGUGUUUAAAGAGAGCUUGAACAAAAGACUGACAGAAUUUCAAAAAUAAACCAACUAGAUCUAAUAUUUAACGUAUGUUGCCAACACAUAUGUAGCAGCAAUCACUAUUUUUAGUAUUGCCAUGACUACUGAUCACUCUCUGCAAGAACUUUAAAAAAUGUUAGUAGAGCCUGAAUAAAAGUUCAUGGGUUUCUAUGGCUUUCCUUAGCAUUCUUUCUUUCUUGUUCCAUACAAUAAAUACUGACCAUGUUCCAAUUUUGCUUGCUCUUCUCAUACAGCAUUUAUCAGCUAGGCUUUCCUAUGGGUUCAAGUAGUGCUCUCCGACUCUCUGCAAGUAACUGUACAGUCUGUUCCUAUUUGCCUGCCUUGAGAGAGUUAGGGAUGUGUGAGACAAGAAAGAUACAUAAAGCAAAGAAAAAGAAAACAGGGCAUUGGCCAUGCCCUGAGUCUCAAAGGGCAUUACAGAUACUAAAUGGUGAUAAGCAGAACCAAGUCAAAGUGCUGCCUGAUCUACCUGACUUAGUAUUUAGUAAGUGCUGUACAAGGAUGCGUAGAGCAAGGCAGAAAGUUGGGGCUUCAGACACCAAAGAGAAUUGCUACAUUUUAGCUGAAGAAGCGCAUUUUUACAGGAGAAAUGUUAAAGGAGAGACAGCCCUGCAUGAAGCUUGCAUAAGAAACAAAGUGGAGAGAUUGAUUCAGCUUCUCUCUUCCCCUGGAAUAGACAUUAAUGUUAAAGACUAUGCUGGCUGGACGCCUUUGCAUGAAGCCUGUAACCAUGGCAGCACAGUGUGUGUCCAUGAAAUUUUGCAACGUUGUCCAGAGGUAGACCUGCUCAGUCAAGUGGACGGGGUGACUCCUUUGCAUGAUGCACUGUCAAAUGGACAUGUAGAAAUUGGCAAGCUGCUACUUCAGCAUGGGGGACCAGUCCUUCUACAGCAGAGGGACUCCAAUGGAAAAUUGCCACUGGAUUAUGUUCAGUCCCUACCAGUAAAACAAGAACUUUUGAACGUUGUUCAUCCAGAAGAGAAAAUUGAAAGAUUCUAUGAACGCACUGAACAAGAUUACAGCAGUCAGCAAAGAGAACUGUGGUUGAUUUUAUUUAACAAGAUGCUGCUAAAUUUUUGUUCAGUUUAUAAUCUGUUUUCACCCUUUACUUCAACUCUCAGAGAGGUAGCUUGUUCAAGCAGACUUCCAGUAAGGGCUCAUGAUUACUAUAAGAUGCAAAGUACAUUUUCUGCAGAUUGGUUAGUAGAUAUGUACUUUAGAGAGCUAGAAACUUUAAAAAAGCUACCACAGUUUCUUCAAGAGAUAUCUACAAACAUAUUUCUUUUUCCAGGAGAACAGAUGAAGGCUUUAUUAGCAACUCUGGAAACUAUGGUAGAGGCAAAUCUGCUCUUUACUUAAAUCCUUUUAACUGGUAGCUUCCAAAACCAGUUACCAUUAGUUAAAUCUUGAUGGCUGUCCAUUGAUAGUUGGCUAACAGUUUUUCUGGCAACUAAGAAGUACAAAUUUCACAGCCCUACAUGUUUUUAUCACCCAUGACAUCAAUACUUUCCUCUAGUCGAACCUGGAAAUCAGAUGUAUUCAUUCAGUGCAUUUUUUUUCAGGCAAAAUUUAUCUAGCAUUGCCUUCUAGUUGUCAGACAGCUCUGGAUGCCUGUGACCACCUCAGGAAGGUGCUGUAUCAUUUGCACUGAGUAAAACUUUGCUUUUUCUGGCCUGGUAAUCUUUAUCAGCAGUCUCAUGCCAUAGCUCACUUUGGUUUCCAAAGGUAGAGCCUCUGCUGUUAAAGUGAGUUGGAUACUACAACAAACAGUUUUUCCUUUUUAAAAGUGUGUACCUACGUAUUUUCUUGUCUUUUAAUAAAACUGAUAUUCUACCUGUAAGUAAAGAAGAACAUAGGGAAAAAGAAAUUUAUUCUCUCCAUUUUUAUCUUGCUUAUCUUUGUCUUGUAAAAAUUGAAAUUACAUUUUGGAAAUUACAUCUUGCAAAAUUAAAAACGUAAGGUAGGUAUACCUUCUGAUUUCAGAAUUGGUAUACUGUCAUUUCCCUAGUUUUUGCUAGUUUGUUAGAAAAUGUCACACAAAGAUGCACCAUGGUACUCAUGGUCAUAUUAGUUUGUGCAGUGACUAUGCCAAGGAGACUGGCUGAGGUACUCAGGCUUUAUACAGGACUCCAGUUGGUAUCACUGACUGGAGCUGUAAAACCAUCAGGACAUCCUUCUGCUUCCCAGGCCAGUGGUGCUGUGGAAGGCCAAAUGCACCUUCAGCGUAACUUAUGGUAUCACUGGCUCUGCGCUAACUCAGGCUGGUUCGCAGGGGUUUGAUAAAUCCAGUACGCUGAUAAUGCAUAAUAUGGUCUUGGUAACAUGCCUGGGAUUCCCUCCACUAAAGAGGCUGGUGGAAGUAAGUAGUGGUACAAAUCUAGCUAUGUUGGCAGGGGAAUUUACUAAGGAUUAGACAAGGCAGUUUAAGUAUGUACUGGGCAUCAGAUUCUGACACUAAGCAUGGAUCUCCUUAAAAAUUACAGCCCAUUUAAUAUGAGAAUUUUGUUCUCCAUUCUAUGAAUACAUGCGAACUACACAUGAUAAAUCCUCUAAACUAAUCCUCUAACCUAAUUUGGGAUUGCGUGCUACAUAUUCUAUCAGAUGGUCCUUUUAAUUAAUAAAGAAAAAGAGAAAAUCCUGUGCUGUUCUUUAAAGGUAUCGAAGCUCCUGCAGCAGCUGAACUGUAUAAUUGUGCUGCUUGAGGUUGGGGAUCUCAAAGAGAUGCAUAUUUUGGAGAACUCUUUCUGCACAUUUAUAUAGGAAUGACCAUUCUUCUUGACAUGCAUCUUGGUAGAGAUUGAGUAACAAAAUGGUUUAAGACUAGGCCUGAGAAGAUACGCUUCCAAAGGAAGUUUCUCUCUUCCCCUUUCCAGGGAAGAGAAGGAAAUGCUGCCUUAGAAUGAGGACAACUGAUCCUUUUUUUUUUUCUUUUUUUUUUUUUUCUAAUGGAUUCAGUAAAAGAUCAAAAAUAAUUCAAAAUCUUAGCCUUCAAAAGGAAGGUACUAAUUAGCAACGUUUCCAAUUCUUCUGUAGUAGCAAUUUAUAAUAUUAAAAAAAGGAACCUUAAAAGAAAGGGUGUGGAUAAUAGCUGCUUCUGAAAUUGAUGUUGCUUGACUAGAGGGAAUAAGUUACAUUGAUGCAGCUGGCUUGCAGCACAUUAAAACUUCCAUUUAGCCUUUCUGCAGCUGAGAUAUAUGAUCUCACAGCAAUUAAUCUACUGAAGAUGCUCAGACUGGGUUGGUCUUGGAACCAGAUCUUCAUUACAAAUGUUCAGUGUUUAUUAAUGACUGAUUAUUAUUUUCAUAUAUACAUGCAGAACAGCCUACCCUAAUAGAAUAAAGGGUCAGCUCAUAUUGGAUUUGUUUCUGUUUGUGCCCUUUUGAUUUUUCUCCAGUAAAAGUAAAAAAGCAACACCCAAAAAGCCUUUGUUUGUGUAAGAUGAACUAACAACAAACUUCAGUAUUCCCUGUUGCAGGGCGUGAUGAAAGAAAUGCUAUGCAAUUACUUUGUAAGGAAUGCAAAAUAUGUCAGCAAUAUUAAAGUUUUCUUUAAUUAUGAAUUCGGUAGGUAAUCGGGAACUUAAAAUAAUUGCGACUCAGAAAACCAUGGGAAAAGAAUUCUGAUGUAUCUGAAAAAGCAAAUGUUUCAGAAUAUUCAUACCUAUUCCUAAUAUAGUACAUUAAUGACAGAAAUGAAAGCAAGAAAAGCUUUGUUUUGGUCUGAUAGAGGGAUUCUCUGCUUAAUCCAAGUUAUUCUGUACAGUUAUUUGCUAUUAUGUCGUGUAGUUGGGAAAAAUAAAAAAUAAAAAAACA